AUGAUGAAUUUUACAGCAAAGCCGUCACUAUAAAAAAAACAAAACUUUUACAAAAUAUAAGCUGUUUUAGAUGAUCAUGAAUUAACAAGAAAACUAAUUUCUGAGGGAAGCUCCUCUUUAAUGGAAGCAAUAAGCGAUUAAUUAUAUUUUACAUCAUUAAUAGGAAACUAAAUAUAAGAAAAAUGUAUUGAAUAUGUUUAGAAAUUAAUAAAUGAGAAAAAAUUACCAAAUAAAAUAAACUAUAUUUAAAAUUAAUUAAGUACCUAUUUGGAGAAUCCAAAAUCUGAAUUAUUUAAUAAUCUAAAUUUGGAACUAGUUUCAAUAGUAUAUUAAGUUCAAAUUAAGGUUCAUUCAAUAUCUGAUGAAUCAUACUUAAAUUCCUAUAUUAUAGGAAAGCAAUAUUAAAAAAAAAUAAAAAUUAUAAACAUAGAUAAUAACUUCGAUUCAAUUUAUACUAAUGCAUAAUUAAAAGAUUUUACCAUGUGUUAGAAUUUACUAUAUGAAUUUUUAAAUGAAAAAUUAUAAUUAGGAAAAAAAUAAACUUAAGAAUUAAUAAACAUUAGUUACGAAAAUAAAUAAAGCAAUAGAUGUAUAGAAAGACUUACAAUAUAAAAUGAUUUAUCUACCAAAAGGCAGAAAAGAAGUCUUUCUGACAACAGAUAAGAUGUUGAUGAAAAACACAACACCAACUAUUAUAAUUUAUUUCGAGCAUACAAAUUUCCAGAUAAAUUUUUGUAUUAAUUUAUCAAGAAAACAGAAAGCCCAUCUAAUACAACCUCUUAAAAUUUGAAAAAGCCCCAAAUUCAUUUUGAACCUAUAAAAAACUAACCCAUAGAAGAUAAUGAUAGUAUAUUUAAUGAUGAUGGUGGUUUAGAACUUGAACAUAAAUAUAAUAAAAGUACAAACGAAUUAAACCAAGAAUAACAAGAAGAAGAAGAAGAUAUUUUGAUAAAAGAAACCUAGAUUCCAAUAAGAAAACCAACAGAUAAAUUCGAAGGAGAUAAAAGAUCGAGAGAUUCACCGAGUAAUAAAGAUUCAUUUGCAGCUUUUUAAGAUUAUAAUAAUUUAGGAAUUCCCUUAGUACAAAUUCCUUUGUAGCAUAGUUCUAGUAAUCCAAAUAUUAGAAUAUAAAUAAAAAAUUAAUCAAGAAACGAAAAUAAUGCAACUUCAAUGACAACUAUUUAAUAUGAUAAAAACAUGAAAAUUGGUGAUGUUUCUUCUUAAAAAAAUAGUAAUGGAAAUCAUUAGCUUUUGAAUGGAAAUCAUCUUUAUACUGGGACACUUAAAUUUUUUGACCACGAAAAAAAUUAUGGAUUUAUUGUCGAAGAUUCCACUAAAUCAGAUAUUUUCCUACAUAAUGAUGAUUUAUAGAAAGCUAAUAUAUCUAAAAAUGCACUUUUAGGUUAAAAAUAAGGUCAAAUUAUUAGAUUCUAAUUUUGUUGUAUGGAAUAUAUUGGGAAAUAUAAGUAGUCUAGAAAGGCCGUUGAUAUCAAGCUUUUGAAUGAUGGAUAUUCAUUUUGGAUAGAAUAAUUUAAAUAAGAUUGUGCAUUCACAGUUAAAUGUUAAGGUGAUCCUAAUUGUAUUCCAGACCCAAUAGAUCCAAACUCACCAGAAGCAAAAGCUAUAAAACACUAAUAUUCUUCCGAUUUUAUUUGUAAUGAGAUGUUUUCAGGUCCAAAUUGCUGUAAUGAUGCCUAAGUAAAUAAAUAUAAAAAAUUAAAUAUUUUUAUAAUAAAAAAAAGAACAACUUACUAGCAUCAAAUUUUUUAUAAGUAAAAAAUAAAAACUAAAAAAAUUAAAAUAAAAUAUUUUUAUAAGAUUGAUGCUACAUUCGGAAAUAUAGGAAAUGGAUGUGACAAUUGUGCUGCUAAUAUAAAAAGAUUUUGGUGUAUAUAUACAUGUUCUCCUAACUAAAGUGACUUUGUUAGGACUCAUGGCCGUAAAAACGUUACAGAUCCAACUGAUACAAGUGGUAAUUCAUAAUUAGAAGUACAAGAUGUAAGUAUUAUUGUUGAUUCUUAAACAAUUUGUGAUUUAUGGCAAAGCUGUUUCCGCAAUGAAAACUCCGGCAGGAUUUUUGUCUUUUUAAGGAGCAAAUGCAGUUACUUCAGGAAGAUAAUCGAUAAGAGUUGAUUAUACAAGUGAUGCAAGUAAAAAGCCACUAAAUGUUUAAAAUUUGGCUAAAUGCGAUGAACCAUAACCUCCCUAAAAUGGAACAAGAAAAAAUAAUGGAGUUGAUUAUCCAUGGUUUGGAAAUUAAUAUGGAUUUAAUAUUUCGUAAAAUUGUUCAUGCAAUAAUUGCGCAGAUUCAUGUUCAAUAUAUUAAUUUUAAUAAAUUUCAGUUAUGGAAGGAUUUAAUUGGAUUGCGGUUGCUAUUUUAUAUUCUUGUGCUUUAAUAAGUGCUUUAUUACUAAGCUGGUAUAGAAAAAGAAAAAUAAUUUAAAAAAGUAAAGUAAAUUAGUAAAAUAGAUAAAAUAUAUAUACUAAUGCACCUUUAAUUCAAAAUAAUUAAUAAUGAAUAUAUAUUAUUGUUUUUUAAAAUAUAUAAAAGAAUUAUAAUUAUAAUUUAAUUUACAAC